AUGGCGCCCGUGGCGGCGGCGUGCCUGCUGGCGCUGCUGCGGGGCGCGGAGGGCCGCGGGGCGCCGCCGUCCGCGUGCCCCGGCCGCGUGGCCUUCCGGGGCCUCGACGGGCCGGCGGCGAUCGUGCCCGCCGGCUGGGCCGAGGGGCAGGACACGGCGGAUAGGUCGCUCGUCACCGUGGGCGACGGGGGGACCCUGGCACCGCACAUGGGCGCGCGUGCCUACUUCGCAGAGGCGUGCUCCGCCGGGGCGUACAGGCGCGAGGAGUACCUGUCGCUGGAGGUGCUGGGGAAGACGCUGCGGUACACCGUCAAUGUGUCUGGCGCUGGGUGCGGCUGCGUUGCCGCGCUGUACUUGGUGCCCAUGCGGCACAACCAGGAGGCUGGAGACUGCGGCGAUUUUUACUGCGACUCCGCUGACGUCUGCGGCACUUCGUGCACGGAGAUCGACCUCCAGGAGGCCAACCAGUACGCUUGGCACUCGACCCUGCACGAGGCCAACGACCCAGAUGGUCAUUCGGCCGGCUAUGGCGGCAGCGACAUCGGGAACGGGCCCCGAGAUUUCGGCGGGCUCCAGUAUGGGCCAGGGGGGGAGUGCGUAGACACUUCCCAACCUUUCGACGUGGCGGCAUCCUUCCCUGUCGACGCCGCGGGGGCUCUGGCAGGCGUUGACAUCCGCCUCUCGCAAGACGGCCACCCAUGCCAGCUGGACUUGUUCUUGCCCGCUGGCUCAAGGAUGAAGGAGAUCGGAGACACGCUCGCCAGAGGGGUGACCCUGGUAGCCAGCUACUGGUCCUCGAGCAGCCUGCAGUGGCUGGACGGAAAGGGAGACGACGGCAGAGGACCCUGCGAGUCCGACCACCCGCUGCAGUGCCCCGCCUCCGUCGCCUUCGGCGGCUUCAGCCUGGCGCCGCUCGAGGCGGGAGCUUCUCGCCCUCUCGCUGCCGACUUGGGCGCGGCCCCCGACCAGCUGGACAUCCUCGGCGCGCUGCCACCCCCACCCGCCUCCCCCGCGGGCGGGCGCGUGACGCGAGGCCUCCUGGUGCGCCUGCGGCGGGGCGACUCGGACGCGGCAGGCGGGGCGGGGGCCGGCGCGCUCGGCGUGGCGCUCUUCGUCGUCGGGGCCCUCACCCUGGUGGCCAUGGGCGCCGCGGCGUGGCACCUCUCGGCGGCCCAGCGGGCCCGGCCGGCACUCACCACGGAGGCGCUGGAGGGCGGCUUGCAGCAGUGCUUGGAUGGCGCCGCGUGGUUGGGCACCCGUCUCGAGCACGGCGGCGAGUGGGUUCGGUCCGUCGUGCCGGCCGGGCUGCAGCAGUGCCAGCCCGGGCUGCAGCAGUGCCAGGCAGGCGUGCAGGCUGGCGCGGAGCAGUGCUGGUCGGGGCAGUGCCAGCCCGGCCUGCAGCAGUGCCGGGCAGGGCUGCAGCAGUGCCAUGCAGGCGUGCAGGCGGGCGUGGAGCAGUGUUGGUCUGGUAAGCCUGGGUCGCAGCAGCCCCACCAGCAGUCCGCGCGGCCGCUGCAGUGCAAGGCGGGGCCCGAGUUGGGCCCGUCCGGUGCGAGGGCGCCCGGGGCAGUGCCCGACGGGCGCCGCCCCCGGGCCCCCCCGGGUGUUGGCAGGCAGGGGCGCCGCUGA